AGCAGCGUUUACUUUAGCAGCGACUAAUUACGUUAUCAUAGAAAUCAUAGUGUACCUACACUAUAAUGUAGGUACUUAUUCUCCAAGAUUAAAACAACCCCUCUAAUACACACAAACGCGCCAAUAGAAAUGUUCAAUCAGUUCAAUCACCAUCAAUCUAUCUCUAGCAGUUGAUGAGCCCUACGUACUACGAUUUACCUUUCAAGGAGCGCUAGGUACUUUGAAUGUAAUCACCACGCUUAGUUUAUUCGGCUGAUGAACCGAUUCGCCUACCACCCAAUCAUCUCAUCACCGCGACUCGUACGACUUAUAGAUCGCUUUGCUUGCGAACUACUCACUUACCGCACAAUGGCAACAUCAUCAUCCCCUCUAGGCCCAGCGCCCUGGAGACAGCUCUUCCUGGACCAUGUCCAGGCGAUGGCAUCGCCGGAAUUCACCCUAAGCACAAUCCGGAAAACAUCUUCCCCGUCUGGCACGGUCUACUCAUCACCGCGCGCUCGCACGUGCGUCUUCCGCGGCUUGUUCGCGGACCUGCCGGUGAAUCCUAAGAACGAUGCUGAGCUGAACCCGGACGUCUACGAGACGGACUUCCUGUCGUUCACGACGGAUUGCCGGAUGGACAAGAUGGCGGAGCUCUUUGGUGCGGAGGAGGCUGGAGAGGGGCUCCGGGGCUCGGGCGGCGGCGCGCCGGUCGAGGCGGUUUUUUGGGCUCGGGAGAUGGGCACGCAGUGGCGCGUCCGCGGGAAGGCGUAUGUUCUGGCCCCGGACGUCGAGGACUCGCCGGAGGGGAGGCAUGUCGUGUCUUCGCUGGCGGCGCGGAUGCGGCGCAAGGGCGCGAGCAAAGACUGGAGUUAUAGCCGGGAAAUCACGGCGCACUUUGGCAAUUUGAGUCCCCUGAUGAGAGGGUCGUUCCGGAACCCGCCUUCCGGCACGUCGGUGGCGCUGCCGGUGGGGGAUGAGAGGUUGGGGUUGGGGCAGAAGGUGACGGAUCUUAAUGACGAGGUUGCGAGGGCGAAUUUCAGAGUCGUGGUUAUUGUGCCGGAGGGGGUCGAUCGCACCGACUUGAGCGAUCCGGAGCGCGGCCGUAGGUGGUUGUAUACGUUUGUUGGAGGUGAGUCGGAGCGUAUGGCGCCGGGCGGGCUGGUGGAAGAUGGGUGGGAGAAGGUUGAGGUGUGGCCUUAGCUGGUGCGGGAGCAAGAGACGAGCAAGAGACUGAGUCUACGACGGCUGCGUACGUAGAAGAGGCCCUUGGAGGGAUGGAAACCCCUAUUGUGAAAUAUCUAUCUGAUUACCUUGUUGGUCACCUCAUAGUGGUGUAUAUGCGUAGCUCUGUCUUGCCGAGGUGCUUCUACUACCCCUUACCUACGGGCAGUAUCAUACAUGUGCGUGUAGGAGUCUUGGCAUAGCAGAAUAGCGUCAAAAAAGAUACCCCAUACUAGCCAUCACAGUAUGGGGCAUAUUUUUUGACGCUAUUCUGCAUGGCUAGAUCUAUUACAGCC